UAAGAUUCAGAUCUAUUCAUGCUCAUUUAGUAUUUAUGUCUGACACUGUUUCUGUUGUUAUUGCUAUCCUUGGAGGAUUUAUUGUUUUAUACGGUUUAUGUUCUUUAUUUAUCAAAGAAAGACUCUAUUUAUCUGAAGCAUCCUUUGCCAUUCUAUGUGGCAUUAUCUUUGGUCCAGUCUGUGCAAAAUUCAUUAAUGUCAGUGAUUGGGGGGAUGAAGACACGAUCACGAAGGAGUUUUGUCGAAUCGUUAUCGGUAUACAAGUCAUGGCCGCUGGCGUUGCUUUACCAAAAGCCUAUCUUCGAAAAGAACUCAUCUCUCUUCUCAUGCUUCUUGGUCCUGUUAUGAUCUACAUGUGGUUAGUCAGCGGUUUGCUCGUCUGGGCUCUUAUUCCGGGAUUAAAUUAUCUUGAGGCAUUAAUGAUUGCUGCAUGUUUCACUCCUACAGAUCCAGUCCUUGCUAACUCGAUUGUGCAAGGUAAAUUUGCGGAAAAACAUGUUCCUACUCAUGUACGCCACAUUAUUUCUUGUGAAAGUGGUGCUAAUGACGGACUUGGUUACCCCUUCCUGUUCUUGGCUGUCUAUUUGAUGCAGAUGGAUAUAGGGCCUGCUAUAGGUAAAUGGGCAUACUGGAUCAUGGCUUUCAACAUCCUCUUGUCCGUUGUCAUUGGAUUUGUUGUAGGCUAUGUUGCUCGAAAGCUUCUUAAAUACUGUGAACAGAAAAAGUUGAUUGAUAACGAGUCAUUUCUCGUAUACUCGGUCGCAUUAUCAUUCUUUCUUAUGGGCGUCGUUGGAUUAAUAGGAAGCGAUGAUCUCUUGGCAUGUUUUAUAGCCGGCAAUUCUUUUACUUGGGACGACUGGUUCCGUGUAGAGACAGAAAAUGCACAUUUGAUGGAGGUUGUAGACAACUUGCUCAAUCUUAGUAUCUUUGCGUACAUUGGCGCGACCAUGCCAUGGUCAUCGUUCAACGACUAUUCCAUUCAGAUCACAGUCUGGCGAUUGAUCGUCUUGGCCAUUCUUGUCCUGUUACUUCGUCGACUUCCCAUCAUUAUGGCUCUCUACAAGGCGAUUCCAGCCAUUCAUACCUGGCGAGAAGCCGUAUUUACCGGUUGGUUUGGUCCUAUUGGUGUCGGAGCCGUGUUUUACGCAAUGGUUGCUCUUGAAAGUGUGCCAGAGGAUGGACCGAACGCGCAUGCACGUCAAAUGAUUAGACCUGUUGUUUACUUUAUGGUGCUUGCUUCUGUAGUCGCACACGGUGUGACGAUUCCAUUGUUCUACAUUGGUACUUUUGCCACUCGUACACUGACAAGAACAAGUGAAGUCACCCAGAUCCUUCGUAUUCCCAAGAUUGAUAAACGAAAUAUCAAGAUCAAGAGAACAAAUUCGGAUGUAGAAAUUGAUGUGGUAGAUAUCAUUCCAGAUAAUGAAGAAGAACAAUCCACUGUAGACGUUCAAGAUACCCCUAAAAAUGAAGCACCAAGGCACACAGCCAUUACUAUUCUCACACCUUCAGAGAUUCCCUCUCAUCAGAACCAUCAUCGCUCUGUCCAUGAUAAUAAUCGAUCUGUUGGGACGAGUGCGACAAACUUGGAAAGAGAUUAUCAAAACACCACAUCAUAAAUAUGUAUAUUUCCCCUCUGUUAUAGAAAUAGCUUGUAUCAUAAUAAAAUAUAGCUUGAUUGUUUAUUGCCAUUUUUGUACAGAUGACUCGGAGAAAGAGGGGGUAUAAUCUUAAUGUCGCGUGCGCAUCUAUUGUCGAGAUUUAUAAACAUUACGUAGACCAAUGUUUUCCCUGAGAACAUCUUUUAUAAAGGGUUUUUUUAUGCAUCUAUUACAUAAACACACCAAGAAAGUCAAAUGGUCAGUGCACACAGACACACAUACACAUUGCAUACAAGUAAUUGAC